AUGAGUGUCUCACAUGCGGUCCUGGUCAACGAGACAAUCAUAGAGGCGGUGCGGGUGGCCCUCGACAAAUACACCGCCGAAGGGCAUCAGCUCUCCGCAGCGAGAGGUGACACCGGCCUGUCCGUGGAAGAAGAGAAAGUCAUCCGCAGUGGUGUUCUUGCCGGGCUACAGGAUCUCUGCGCAGCGGCGCAGCAGAGUCUCACGCACAGGGAAUCGCUGGAGAACGCCAAGGAGGCGGACGGCGUUGCUCAUGUGCAUCCGGCGACAGCAAUGACCUUGGCCACGCCACGGGCGUGGAAUUCCGCUCUCGCACGACUGGGACGCAAUGCAACGGCGAUGCAAGACGCCGUGCAACAGGCGGUGUCCAGCAUCUGGACCCAUCUUCGCAGCAGCGCAAGCCGCCAAGGAGACGGUGUCCAGCCCAUCGCCGCCACCGCUGUCUACGCGGCCACCCCGGAGGUCACUCGAGCACUGGAAGCCGCUGCCGCAGUGCAGCACGCUGUUGCAGGGGAUGAUGCCUUGCCAGCGGGCGCUGCGUCGCCGAUGACGGUUGGGGGUAUUGCCGCACGUUUGAACACUUUCUCUUCUGCGGAGUGGGUGUGGCUGUCAGGUACCCUAGUCCUUGGCUACCUGGUUGUGUUUUUUGUGUUUAGGCGUAUACUGAGGUUUGGUGGUGUGCUCAGCCGCCGGCGGCCACGGACGACAACGGUGCUGAUUGGCCUGCCCGGGAGUGGAAAGACGGCACUCUUCGUGCAGCUUGUGCACCAUCAGCAGCUCUUGGAUUCACGGACAAGUAUGCGUGAAAAUAUUGGGUACAUGUCUGCAGCUGCGCAGCAUGGCCGCUCCAAAGGCAUGGCAGGAGUGAAGGUUGUUGACUGCCCUGGACAUCCGCGCCUGUACCAGGGCAUGCUGCGCGUCCUCAGUGAAGCCGUAAACGUCGUCGUGGUCAUCGACUCUGUCACUGUCCAGGACAAUCGACAAGAGGGCGUUGCCGCGCUGGCCGAGCUUCUCCUCAACGUUCUGCAGUCGCCUGAGUUCUACGGGGUUCGCCGGCUCCUCUUUGCAUGCACGAAGCGCGACGAGGUGAUCAGCUACGCCUCCAAGGCGGUGCGCAAGCUUCUAGAGGCGGCGAUGGUUGCCUCGAUCGAGUCGCGGCAGAAUGCAAUGGGUCGCGUGGAGAGCGUACGCGACAGCAACAACGCGGUCAUCACGAGUGAAGGCAAGUCUGGCGGUGGCAGAAGCGGUGGUGACCGUCGGUACAUGCUCUCCUUGGACGGCGCGGACAGCGAUGACGGCGGAGAGCAGGCGCCGCCUCACCAUGGGCAUUUGCGUGGGGCGGCCGGAGCGCGUGCGAAGAGCUUCAGCUUUGAUCAGCUGGGGAUUCCUCUGGCAUUCGUGGAUGUGAGCAGCCGGCCGAACGUGGCGGAGCACAAGUACUCGAUCACCAUCCUCGAGGACUUUCUACUGGGGAAAGGGUGA